AUGCAAAUAUGUGCUUCGAAUUAUUCAGAUUCUGAAAUUGAAACGGGGAAAAAUGUAUUGUAUUGUGCGUGUGGAAAUGGAUCCAGGAACAUUCACAGAAAGGGCGACGACAAGAAGAAGAAAAAUGUGAAAGAUAUCAUUACAGUGCUUAAAGAAGUGGAUCCAGACAAACAACCAAUUUUCGUUGCGCGUGACUUAAGUCGCCUACCGUCUGUAACCUUUGACUAUGUAGAUGUGACUCGUCUAUUGAAAGAUAUGUCUAUGAUGCGAACAGAAUUAAAUGAAUUUCAGACGAAAGUUAGCUCCGAGUUAACUGAAUUACACUUAUCAAUGACGAUAAAUAAGCAAGAUAAAGACACAAGGAUAAAUAGUAGCCCGACGACUCCGACGAGAAAUAGGAGUAUUAAUGCAGAGCUUCGCCCGCUACCGCCUGUCGUUGUGCCGUCGCCGGUGCACGGCGGCACGCUGGACGUGACCGACACCGUUCAUACACCGACCUAUCGUGAUAUUGUUCACCGGACACUGUCGAGUCAAACGAAAAGCGCUCGUAAGCGGCACCGCAUACAUGGUACAAUAUCGCCUGCGAGUGCAGUGACUGGGAAGUGUGGAGUGGUUGCGCAGUUAAUGUCGAAAAAUAUAGUAAUACCUACAUCUAAUGAGACUCUUGAGAACAACAAUAGUGAGCAAUUCACUGUUGUUAAAUAUAAAAAACGUAAACAAAAACUUAUUAAUAUGCGUGGUACUUUAGAAAAUACGGCUAAAAUUCAAGUAGCUGAAUCACAGUGUUCGAUUUAUAUUUCAAGGGCAUCAAAAACUGUUACGGAGUCAAAUAUAAAGGCUCAUAUUCAGGAUAUGGGGGAAGAAUGCUUUAAUGUUGAGCUACUCAAACAAAACCGAGAGACGUCAUUUAAUUCUUUUAAGGUUAAAAUAUCAAGUAAUAAAAUAAAUACCUUCCUAAAUUCUAGUUUCUGGCCAGUAGGAUUGGUAUUUCGACGUUAUCGAGAACGAGUGAUUCGUACCGCUUCUAAUAACACACUUUAUGGAUAA